CUAUUUUCCUACGAUGACUUUUCAAUCAUAGUCACUGACCUAAUCUGACAUGUACUAAAAUUAGACAUUUAAAUAUUUUAUCAAAUUAUGUCAUAGAGAAUCAAAAUUUUCGAAUAAUGUAACAUUUAAUUAAUUAAAAAGCUCAAUCUUAAAAAAUGUUAAAGUAAGUUCGUUAUCAAAAUGCCUUCCAAAAUUUGUAAAAUAAAUCCCAAAGAUCAAAAAUCUUUGACGAAGAGGGAACCGUCUGAAAAUGUUCUUCCCAAGCAUCCGAAAACUAUGCAUACCAAAAUGGCCGAUAAUAUAUUAACUCUGAAGAAUCAAAACGUAUUGACUCCACAACUAAAUAACAUUGAUGACCUUAUCCAAAAAGUACAAUCCACACCUAUACUGAUUACUUUGUAUCUGGAAUUUAAGAAAAUCGUAUCGAAUUACGACGACGAAGUUAGAAAAAAAUUAACCCCGCUCAUGGUAAACGUUCUAGAAUGUAUAAACACAGCCUAUCAAGUAAAUAAAGAUUAUAAUUUUAAAUUUCAAUUACUUGAAGCAGACAACAAGCAAAUCGAAGAAGAGUACAUAAAGAUUAAGAGGCUGAAAAACAUUACAGAACAAAAAUUUUCGUCUUAUAAAGAAGUAAGUGAAAAGGAACGCAAAGAUUUGGCUUGCCGUUUGGAAGGUUUUCAAAAUAAAGCUCGCCUGUUCGAGCUACGACAUACGAAUAUCAUGGAAUAUGCGCGCCUGAUAGAGGAACAAGAAAGGCAGAUUAGGAGAGAGUACGACCAAAUUCAAAUAAAAUAUGCAAAUUUAUUUAGAGCUUACGUAAUACAUACAGAAAAAAUACAAUUACCCGAACUCUUAGACAAAGAUUUCAAACUCAUAAAAGAAGUGUUUGCUAGAAAAGCUGACGGACUACCAAUUCCCAUGCCCAUUGGCGACGUUGGUGAGCGGCAAGACCUGAUAAACCGCGAAAAAGAUUACGGAGACUUAUGGUUCAGUUUGGAAGAUAAAUCUACUAUAAUCACGAAAGAAUCGCCCAGUUUUUUAAUUUCCAAACUGAAAAAACACAUUGCCGAUCUACAAAAUGAAUUAAGAAUAUGCAAAAGAGCUAACAAAAACGAUAAAGUUGAAGCCGAAGACGUUAGGCCUAUCUUAAAAUCAAAAAGGGUUUACACAAAAGCAGAUAUGGCAAAGCAUUUCUUAAUAAAGAACCGAUUUUACAUAGGUUUACAAGAACCCUUACAAUGGUCUCAAAUUUUGAAUCCAUCGCAAUGGAUUGUAAAUAAUUUUGCGUAUCAUAUCUUGGUUUUACCUGAAAAACUAUGGCAACAAUAAUUAAUAGAUCUAUCUGUAUUUAUAUACAG